GAGUUGACGUCUCGUGGCCAAUAAGCGGAAAUCGCGCGCUGCACACGAUUUUGCCUUUUAGAUUCAGAAUUUGUAACGGUUUCCAGUGGCCAUUCAAACAGUCGGCUUAGUAGAGGGACGUGUCGCAAGGAUUUACGUGCCAAGUGUUGCGCCUUUUGCGUGCUGCUGCCACUCCUGCUGCUGACAUCAAUUAUUAUUACUUGAAAAAUCAGAUUAGAGAGGCCCGCUGGGGACAUUGGCCAGCCUUCAAGUGACUUAAAAAUAGGCCUGGACUUAGAGCUCAUUUACCUGAUUGCGAAUUUUGUGAAUUUUGACGGCAACGGUCGGUAGUCGGCAGUUCGUGCAUCGCUAAUUGAAAGAAUCAACACCUAGAGUCCGAAACGAAUCCUUUGUGCAACCGCCGGCAUGAAGCUUGUCGUUUAUCUCUACUUAUCCAUGGUUGUGCUGGGAGUGCAGGCCUGGCCAACAGUGAAGCGUUCCUUUGAGCUUUAUCCGCCGCCGCCGACCAAUGUCCACACAAUCUCCGAUUGCAUGCACGUGGCAUCCGAGCCAGGUGAUUACAUCUUCAAGAAGUCAGCACCGUCAUCGUCGUCGACGUCGUCACAGCCGCUGGGCGUGCUCAACAGGGAGGCAGCAACUCUGCUGGAGCUGGAGGCGGGAGCUGAGGCUGAGAUUGCUGCAGCUGCUGCCGCCGCGGCUGCUGAGGCUGCUCUGGAUGUGUGCGGUCUGUAUGUGAUUGGCGAGCCAGACACGAUUGUGGAGAUUACAAUGAAACACUACGAUGUUAAUUGCGAGACCGGCGGUCUGAUGGCGUUCGUUGAUGGCUGGGAACUAAAUGGCGAAUACUUUCCGGGCAUUAAGGAUCAUCAUCGUCCGCUGGAGGAUCGAGUCUUUGAGUUCUGCAACAAUUACAAGCACUGGCCACGCAUCAGCAACAAAAAGUUCUUUCGCUCCAGUCAGAAUGCCGCACUCUUGCAAUACCGUAUCCCGGCACGGGGAUCCUUUGUGGCCAAUGUCCGCUUCCACAAGAUAACACAGCCCUGCAAUGUGCUCGUUCAGGAUACUGCUGCCGUUUACAAAAUGGCGAAUUACGGACACGCACGCAACUGUACGCUCUCCGCGCUCUUUCCGGCUUCCAUUUCUCUGGCCAACUUGCGCAUUGGUGGCAAGAUCGUGCGUGCCCAACAAAAGGUCAAUUAUGAUUGCAACAUGUUCACUGAUCGUUUGGAAAUUGGCGGAUCCGCUGGUCUAGAUGCCGGAGCCAUGGAGCUGGCCAGUGCUGUGUGCGGUGCCUCCAAUGAGCCGGGUCCGGAACAGGCCAUAUUCUGUGGCGUGACCAAUGUGCGUCUGCUAUCCACAGGUCGCUAUCAGAAUCAGGUCGCUGUCGUGGUGCGCAAGGCCGACGAGCAGGAUCUGGAUAUAGCCACGCUUAUGUGUGCGCUAUAAGCGGAUCGUGGACAAUUCUAUGUAAAUAUGGACGAUUAUAUAUUUACCGAUUAUGUGUUUGUGUGUAAACACAAAUGCCAACAUAUGUAUUUAUAUGUAAAAACAAAAAAAAAACAUGAACAAAAUGUAAAACUAACCCCCCAAGCAACUUGAACUUUGACCCCCAAUCUCUCACUCGUGUGGCAUUUUAAUUAAUCCGCAGUCAAAAAUACUCAUCUGGUAGUUUGGAGCUACAGCCAAACCCAACAAAAAAUAAUACUAAUAAUUGAAGAAAUAUAAGAAACCAAAGAAACUUUUAAAUAAAUAUUAUGUAUAUCGAAAAUUCUGAAUGUUGACAAAAUA